CCUGUUAAAGAUGUAUAAGCCCUCUUCACCUUAAACUAUGAGGAUAUCCAUGGUUAGACGAAGAAUAAUAAUAAUAAUGUGUAUCUCAUUUUUCAGUUCUUUUCUUCAGUCUCUUCUUGACUCUUGAGACGGUCGGCUUCCUUCAUUUUCCACUCUGAUACUUCCCUGCAUUUUCCCAUUUUUCUUUGGGUCGGCUUAGACUGUUGGUUGGCUUAUAAUGAAAAUGAAAGAGUAACAAGUGCAAGUGUAAACUGUUUCCCGUCACUGUCUGAACAAAAUCUCUCUCAACCUUGCUCUGUUUCCUAUUGUCUGUGUCUUGCUUCAGUAGAUCUUUUUGUCUUGUUUUCGUUUUCUCUCCUACAUUUGGUUUGGUAUCUUUGCACUGCUUAAAUAGUGUACUCAAGCUUCUCUUCCUGGGUAUAUCGUGUUGAUAAUUACUUUUUCCAGGCAAGCUGUAUCUUUUUUAAGGUAAAGGCAAGGGUUCUUAGCUCUUUUGAUGCGAGAAAAUGGUUUAUGAUCUUUGCAAAAGUUGAACAAUAGGAUUUUUUUUUUCCUGAGUUAAAAAGUUAUAGUAUAAGUUGAUUGUUCGUUUUCUGUAAGGUGGCAUUUAAUGAAAGUUUCAAAGCUACUUUAACAGUAGCUGGCAAGAUCUCAUAAAAAGAAAGGUUCAUCUUCUAAAUGGUUUUGAUGGAAGCGAAUAAAGACACGGCAGAGAAGAGAGGCACUGGAGGAGAAGUGGUGAUUAAUGUUUCCGGUGAAGAUACUUUGAAAGGGCCAAAAGGGUCUGCUCCAAAAGAAGCAGAGGCAUUAGCCGCUAAGCAAAGUGCUCAAGAUGCAGCCGACAAAGCAUCAACUGAAUCUGGUGCUGUUACUACUGGUUUGGCUAAAUCAGUGCCGGUGGGCUGCCCUUCUCCCGAGACAUCAAAAUUUGGCCCAACUACAAAUAAACCACCAAAAGUCCCAAGUCCAGGUAAUGAGUCCUUUACUCGAAGAAGGUCAUUUGCAAGGUCAUUAAACUCAAAACCCAAGUCAAGAUUUGGAGAACAAUCUUAUGUUCUUGAAUCUGAUCAGAUGGAAGAGAAUGGUUUAGUUAAUCGGGAACAAGGUGGUGGUAAUUCACCUUAUAGACAUUCCUUCAGUAAGGCCUCCCCUAAUAACAAGUCGGCCAGAAGUAUUAGGACGGAUUCUGCUGUGUCGAAAACGUUAUCAAUUGGCACUACCGGAGAAAAUGAAUAUGAAGAGAUAAUCAAGAAAGUUAAACUGCAUAAAGAGAAGCUUAAGGGAGUGAAAGCUAAGGUUGUCAUUGAGUGGGUCGUAUUUUUGUUCCUCUUGGGAUGCUUAAUAGCUAGUUUAACUGUAGACAAAUUACAGAAAACCUCUGUUUGGAGUUUGAAAAUUUGGCAAUGGUGUGUACUUGUGAUGGUUAUUUUCUGUGGUAUGUUGGUUACUCAUUGGUUUAUGCAUCUGAUUGUUUUCUUGAUUGAGCUUAACUUUCUGCUACGGAAGAAAGUGCUAUAUUUUGUUCAUGGUUUGAAGAAGAGUGUUCAGGUCUUUAUUUGGCUGAGUUUAGUUCUUGUUACUUGGGUUCUUUUGUUUCUUGGUGUCGAGAGAUCAAAGACUGCCACAAAAAUUCUCGAUUAUGUAACUUGGACUCUAGUAAGCGUUCUCAUUGGAUCAUUUUUGUGGUUGUUGAAGACUUUGUUGUUAAAGAUAUUGGCUUCCAAUUUCCAUAUGAACAAAUUCUUCGAUAGAAUACAAGAAUCAGUCUUCCAUCAGUACGUACUUCAGACCCUUUCAGGACCUCCAUUCAUGGAGAUUGACGGGAUUCGAAAAUCACCAGCUCAUAUGACUGUUAGCAGUGCAAAAAAGGGUAAAGGAGCAAAAACAAAAAAGUUGAUUGACAUGGGAAAGGUUCAUAAAUUGAAGCGAGAGAAAGUUUCAUCUUGGCACAUGAAGGUGUUGGUGGAUGCUAUCAUGAAUUCGGGGCUUUCCACAAUCUCCAACACAUUAGAUGAAAGUGCUUAUGAUGAAGGUUGCGAACAAGCAGAUAAAGAAAUUACCAAUGAGGAGGAGGCACAGUAUGUUGCUCAUCAAAUUUUCUCAAAUGUUGCCCGACAUGAGAGUAAUCACAAUCGCAGUUACAUUGAUGAGGAUGACCUAUUAAGGUUCAUGAUUAAGGAGGAGGUGGAUCAUGUGUUUCCAUUGUUCGAAGGAUCAAGCACUGGAAAAAUUGACAAAAAAAGUUUCACAAACUGGGUGAUAAAGGUUUACAACGAUCGGAAAACAUUAGGACAUGCUUUAAAUGACACCAAAACAGCUGUAAAGCAAUUGAAUAAAAUUGUGACGGUGCUCCUGAUUAUUAUUACUGCUGUGAUAUGGCUUCUUUUGGUGGAAAUUGCAACCACAAAAGUGCUAUUGGUCCUUUCAUCGCAACUUGUGGUGGCAGCUUUUAUGUUUGGAAACACCUGCAAGACUAUAUUUGAAGGUAUCAUAUUUGUAUUUGUGAUGCAUCCAUUUGACGUUGGUGAUCGUUGCGUGGUUGAUGGUGUUCAGUUGUUGGUUGAGGAGAUGAAUAUUUUAACAACUGUAUUCCUGAAACUUGACAAUGAAAAGGUGUACUACCCAAAUAGUGUUUUGGCUACAAAGCCCAUCAGCAACUAUUACAGGAGCUCAGACAUGGGAGAUACUAUAGAGUUCUCAAUUGAUUUUAUGACACCAGCGAAGACAAUAGGCAGGCUGAAAGAAGAAAUAAAGGAGCAUUUGGAGACCAAUACCUUGUGGCAUCCUAACCACCUUGUGGUUGUGAAGGAGAUUGAGAAUGUCAAUAAGAUAAAGAUGGCUCUCUAUUGUAAUCAUACAAUGAACUUCCAGGACUUUAGAGAGAAGAACAGGCGUAGAACUGAAUUGGUGAUUGAAUUGAAGAGAAUUUUUGAGGAGCUGGGUAUAAGAUACAAUCUCCUUCCCCAACAUGUGAAUCUCAACCAAGUGAAUCGAGACAGGCCAGAAGCAACAUACGAGACCACCUGAUUGCUCAAGAACGCCUUAUAUGAUAGGGAUGGCAACGGGCAGGUAUUGUUAUGGGAGCUCGGCCAAGAGUCGUAGUCAAGCUCUUUAGUUGUUAUAAUCUUUAACAUGGGUGAGAGAAGAAUGAUCACGCACAAAUGGGAAGGCAUGUUCCUGGUGGUAAAUAAAAGUAAAUAUUUAGUUCAGUGAUAUUUUCAGAUGUAAGCUUAUUAGUGUAUCUAUGGACUUGAAGGAGCUAAGCCCGAUGCUAUGUAGCGUUAUGGAUUGGUUCAAGUUUUGUUUCCCUUGUUAAAUCUUAAAUAAGAUGAAUGCAUUUUGACGUUUGCCAUGAUUCAA